AUGGCCCCUGCAACUCUUUUUGUCAACGGCAAAAUCUUCCUCUCGGGAGUUUCCCCUGGGACCAACGCAGGAUUGCAUCGCCCACCCACGUUUGCCGAAUGCAUGCUGAUCCGCGGCUCGCAAAUUGAGCAUGUUGGCUUGUCUUCUGACGCAGCCAUCGAAGCGGCCCGAGCCGCUGGCCCUGAUGAAGUAACUGUUUGCGACCUGCAAGGGAAAACCAUUCUCCCGGGUUUCAUCGAUGGCCAUAUGCAUCUGAUGCUUCUCGGUCAGGCGCUCAACAAGCUUGACCUGGGCCGUUGCAAAAACCUGGAAGACAUCAGGAAUACUAUUCGUGAAUAUGCAGCUGCCAAUCCGCAUCUCCCGCGCAUCCUUUGCCGCGGUUGGAUGCAUAUCAUGACGCCUGACGGCGCGAAGGCGUCUGACUUGGACGAUCUCGACCCUACGGGUCAGAACCGUCCCAUCUUGAUCGAUUCCAAGGACUUGCAUUCGACAUGGGCCAACACGGCCGGCAUCGAGGAGCUCGGCGCCAGGGAAUGGACCGACGUGCCCGCUGGCAUCAUUCACCGAGACGAACAGGGCAAUCUACUUGGUGUUUUUAGUGAGGCAGCUAACCUCACCUACGUAUGGCCCUACAUUGCACGGGUAGCUAGCGUCGAGGAGCGUAUCGAGGCCAUCAAGGCUGCUGUGAAGGCGUACCAUGAGACCGGAUACACUGGUAUUAUUGACAUGGCCAUGGAUGAGGGUUCGUGGGAGGCGCUGCAGACGCUUCUGAAGCGUGAGGGAAGUAUCCAGAUGCGCAUUGCGGCGUACUGGCUGGUCAAGCCGUGCAAGACGGAGGAGGAGACGAUGGCGCAGGUCGAGCGUGCGAUUGAGCUGGCGAAGCUCCAUAACGCCGAGACAUCGCCAGAUUGCAGGAUUAUUGGUGUCAAGGUUAUUUGCGACGGCAUCGUUGAUGCCUGCACAGCAGUGUUGUCGGAGCCAUAUGCGCAUAACGGGCAUGUGGAGUUGCCUCUGUGGACGGAGAACCAGCUGCGGCCGGUCGUGAAACGGGCAACUGAAGCUGGAUUGCAAAUUGCUUUGCAUGCCAUCGGUGAUGCGACCGUGAAGAUGGUUGUGGACGUUCUGACGAAGUAUGCUGAUCCGGAGAAGCGGCCACGGAUGGAGCACAUCGAGGUGUCGAGGAAAGAGGAUGUCGAGCGCAUGGGCAAGGGACGCAUCACAGCAUCGAUCCAGCCGGUGCAUUCCGAUCCGGCCAUUUUGAAGGCCUGGCCGCGGCUGCUUGGCGAGCACAGGUGUGGCAGAGCAUUCGCCUAUCGCGAGUUUGCUGAUGUGGGAGCGCCGCUUGCUCUGGGUAGCGAUGCGCCGACAGCUCCUCACACGCCUUUGGGCAACAUCUACGUUGGAACGACCAGGAGAUCCUACCGCGAGCCUGAACUAGAGACUGUGGUCAACCCGCACUUCGCUUUGGGCCUUUGCGAGGCCGUUGCCGCUGGCACUGAAGGUGCUGCGUACAGUUGUUUCGACGAGCACAGGAUAGGUGUUUUGAAGGCUGGCCACAAGGCUGACUUCGUGAUUGUUGAUAUGGAAUGGAAAAAAGAGAAGUUGAUGCAGGCUAAGGUUAUCGAGACAUGGUAUGACGGGGCGAAGGUCUACGCCGCGCAGGAAUAA